AUGCACCGCUAUUUAAAACUUGAAGCACUGGGAAAUCUUGCAACAGCGCUCCAAGAUGAACUGGACACCGCAGAUGUUAUCCGGCGUUGCGCUGUGCAUCUAUCUUUGGGACGAACUGCUGAGGAAUAUGACCAUGGCAAAGAAAUACUCUAUUCUUUCAACAUAUGCUUCGAGUCACUCGAUGUUUCCGGAAGAGGCAACCUGUUGGAUUUAUCAUGUCCUCUGAGCAUUACAAGAACCCGCUGGAACGAUCUCAAGCCAUCGGAGAUUUCCGACCAGCUUCUUGCUGUACUAGAGAGAAGAGGCUGUGAUUGUGAAGGUAGCAAGGAACAAGACCAUCAGGCCGUACUUCGACUGAACGGCUUCCAGCUAGAGGCCAACCCAUUAAUGUUCGAUAUGUUCUUUCUCACAUGCAAGAGCCCCCGACCAUUGGCAGGAAAGCCGAUUUAUACCGAGAAAAAAAGGUUUGGUCGACAAGAGCAGGUUCGGGAGCGACACAUCUUUAACCUGUGUGAUGAUAUCAAUCGACAUCACCCGAGAGACUCAGACCCUACCGUGCUACACAUUUCUUUUGACACGAUUAACUUAUACGCAACCCCUAAAGGCGCGCCAACUCACUCCGAUGCCUUCCCCAUGAUGUCUCUUGAGAGCCUUCUCGGAGGCGGAUUUUUUCAGAAUCCAACGUCUGGCGGCGCAUUCAAACUUACGGAUAAGGCGAUUUUAGCCUUAUCACUCGCUCGCUGUCUUCUUCAUCUUUUCCAAAGCCGAUGGAUAGAACGUCCAUGGACUGCAGGAUCCAUUCAAUUCCUUUACAGAGAUACUCCUGCUGAAAUAUCAGACGUUCAUCACCCAUACGUAUGCUAUCGUUUGCCCUCGAGGGAACUAGAGCAAACGGAGCCAGUAAUUGACAGAUAUGAAAACACUAUGUUGUCAUUUGCUCGCAUAUUACUUGAGAUUGAGAUAGGGGACAUGAUCAUCGUGGAUCCUACAAAGGAUAUCGGAGACGCCCUUUCUGAUAUCUUGGAAGGCAUAGAUGGACCUCGGGGGCACUACCACCAAGCCAUUGUGGGAUGUCUUCAAUUCAGAGAUUUGCUAACCGCCAUGCAGAGGCGAGAGCGUAAAAAGAAGCUUGACUAUCAAAUCAGGAGGACCCUGUACACAGGUGUGGUUGAGCAUCUCGAGCGAAACCUCUGCUCCUUAAGAAACCACAAGAAGCUUUUUCUCGGAACUACCCGCCCACAAUUCUACCAUAGAUCUACUAGGGGCGGCCUUCCAGCGCCUCGAGCCGAAGUUCUUACGGCUAGCGAUGGAAGGUACUCACUACACCCUCGUCCGCUCAAACGGAGCGACUUUGAAAUUGCAAUAUUCUGUGCCUUACGGCGGGAGUUCGAUGCUGUAGCGUUGAUAUUCGACGAGUUUUGGGAUGAAGAUGAUGAACCAUUUGGAAAGGCACCCAGGGAUCAAAAUACUUAUACGACAGGAAGAAUUGGUAGAUUCAACGCUGUUCUAGUACUUCUGCCGGGCAUGGGGAAGGUCAACGCGGCUAGUACAGCUGCUAAUUUUCGCGUUAGCUUUCCGAGAGUGGAGCUUGCUCUCUUAGUUGGAAUAUGCGGCGGCAUACCAGGAUACCAGGACCAUUCAGGAAGGUUUAAAGAAAUCCUACUUGGAGAUGUCAUAAUAAGUGACGACAUUGUCCAAUACGACUUUGGAAGACUUUUGCCCAACGGUUUUAAACGGAAAGAUAGUCGACAAGAUGCUCUUGGAAGGCCGAAUAUAGACAUCGUUGGUUUCAUAGCCACUUUAAGAACCGAAAUUCAUUUGGACCGUCUGCAGCGACAAACUGCCAAGCACCUUGCUGCUCUCCAAAUAAAAAGUAGGCAUGGGAGAUUUACAGAUCCAGGAGAAAUGGAGGACAAGCUUUUCCAGCCUUCAUACAGACAUAAGCACCGUGACGGCGGCUCCAUAAACUGCAAUAUUUGUAUUAAAUGUGCUUCGGACGAAGAUCCUGUCUGUGAAGAAGCUCUCGGGACCUUGUGCACCAAUCUUAGCUGUGACGAAACUCAACUAGUACCGAGGCAAAGGCUCAUUUUUAAUAGGGAAAACGUGGCAGAAAGUAGGUUCACCCGCAACGGACACAAAUCACAAGACCAGGCACCCCGGCCGGCAAUCCAUUUUGGUUCAAUUGCAUCUGGCGAUACGGUUAUGAAAUCCGGUAAUCAUCGCGAUAUGGUUGCGAAGAGGGACGGUAUUAUCGCCUUCGAAAUGGAGGGUGCUGGGGUUUGGGACAACCUUUCAUGCAUUGUUAUCAAAGGAGUUUGUGACUACUCGGAUAGUCAUAAAAACAAGAUGUGGCAGGAUUUUGCUGCUGCUACUGCUGCCUCCGCUACUAAAGCGCUUCUAGAAAGAUAUCAUAAGCAGACAAAUGAGGUUUAG